AUGAGUAGUAGUGAUAGAGAGAAUGGUAAUGAAUGCUUCAAGUUGAAGCAAUAUGAUCAGGCUAAGGAGUGGUAUAGUAAGGCAAUAGAGAAGGAUCAAUUGGAUUAUCUGGCAUUGACAAAUAGGAGUAUUGUAAACUAUCAACUGGAGAGUUAUGAGUCGGCAACAGAUGAUGCCAACAAGGCAAUUGCAAUCAAUGGACAAUGGUAUAAGGCUUAUGUUAGGAAGGCAAAGGCAUUGAAACAACUACAAGCAUAUAGAGAUGCUAUCGAUUGUCUUGAAUUGGCACUCUCACUACUCGAGAACAACAACGUAGUUGUUGACAAGACUUUGAUAGCAAUGAUCAACACUGAGUUGACAGGUGUAUAUACUACAUUGAUUGACACAAGGUACAAGACCAUCACUCAAGGAAUGGACGUGUAUGUUGAGUACAUUGAUAAGAUCAAGGGCAAGGGUGUGAUGGCAAGGUGUAGCAAGAAGAGUAAUCAAGAGUUGUUCAAUGAGUCACCAUUGGUAUCGAGCAUAUCGUAUGAAUAUAUUGGUGAUGACAUGUAUAGACACUGCUCUCACUGUUUGGCAACAGACUUGGAUGUCAGACUCUUUGGCGAAAAGGACAAGGCCGUUCACUCUAUGAUCUAUGGACAAUCUCCACCGCCAAGACAUAUGAAGAAAUGUGAUGGCGAGGCUUGCAAAGAAUGGUUCUGCUCUGAUAAAUGUUGUUUGGAUGCAUGGGACAAGUAUCAUUCGAUUGUGUGCUCUCCAUCUACACGCGAACACAUUGAUCAAUUCCAUUCACAAUGCAAGAAGUACAAACAGACCAAUCCAUUGGUCAUUCUAAAGAUGUUUACAAUGAUUGUUUCCAAUGUGAUUCAACACAACAUGAUGAUACAAGAUGCUCUGUUACCAUUCACCAGCUUCAUAUCCAAUGGUCAAUGGCAGACGGCACAUGACGAAGAGAUGCUCACUCUCAUCAAUCUGAUGCUGUCGGAGAAGUGUUCGACGCGACAAGACCUCACAACAAACCUGUUUACAAUCGAGAGAUAUAGACAGUUCAACGCGAUCAUACAGUGCAAUGCAUCAAGAAUACAUCCGCCCUCAGAUGUACAUUUGUUGGUCAAUGACAUGGUGGCAAAGACACCUCUCAGUGUCGACUAUAUCGAGUUGCCACCAGGUACAAAGAUACCAAUUGAUGAGCUUGGCAACUAUCUGGAACGAAUGGAUCGGUUAUCUAUCAAUGGCAGUGGCCUAUUCCCCAUCACCAACAGUUGCAAUCACAAUUGUGAUCCAAAUGCUGUGGUCACCUACUCGAGCAACAACAACACGGUUACAAUGCGCACAUUGCGCCAGAUAAUGCCAGGCGACUCGAUAGAGAUAUCCUACAUUGAUGAGGACCAGUCACGACCACAAAGACAAAGGCAACUGUUGGAGAAGUACUUGUUCCGAUGUGGAUGUAGGAAAUGUACAAUUGGAAGAGAUUAA